UUGCAGCUGAAGUGCGUCGCUGGGCAACUUGCGAGUGGAGCCCAGGGGCGUGAAGAGAGCAAAUGAUUCAUUUUCCUGGCUGCUGCGCCGGAGCGAAGGCAAGCCGACGGCACAUCGCACUAGACUGCAAUUGAGCUUGACUGCUAGUGCACGCUGUCGCCGCGACGCCGCAUCACCGCCGAAAACAAAACAUUAGACCAGUCUCAACACCAACGCAGCGAUGCGGUUACUAAACUACGCACUCCUCCUCGCGCUGCGGGCCGGCGGCUUCACGACAACAAACCGCGCGCCGCGCCCGCCCAAAGCGACGACGCGAGUGCAAGGCAUCGCGAACUUCGGCACGUUCUUCGCGGAGAGUUGGCUGGGCGCCGGCGCGUGCUCGAGCCGCAAGUGCCCGCCGGCCAAGGACGUUUUUGAUCACGUGCUCGUGGACGUGAAUCAAUAUGUUCAUACUUCUGCAAGAAGAGCGACGUCGCAGGACGACGCCGUCAAGCGGCUGUACGCCGCGCUGGACGGCGUGCUGCGCGUCGCCCGCCCGCGGAAGAGUUUGGUGUUGGCGCUGGACGGCGCGGCGCCCGUCGCCAAAAUCGUCACGCAGCGGAAAAGGAGAGAAGCCAACGUCGCGAAGACGGGCGUCGACCCACACGACGAGGUGCACCCUCUGUUGAUCACGCCGGGUACUGUAUUUAUGGACGUGAUGUCUGAUGCCCUAGAAAGGUACGCCGUCGAGCGCGUGUCGCGAAGGCAGACGCUGGAGAACGUGACGGUCUACGCGUCGUGCGUGCGUCAUGCUGGAGAAGGUGAGCUCAAGUUGGUGAGGUGGCUCCGAUCUUCAGUUUGCGACGGCGGCACCGCCGCGGUCGUGUCCGGCGACGCGGACGUCGUCCUGCAGGCGUUGGCUGCCUUGGACUGCACGCGCGGGAAAUCUUUGGAACCCUUCGUGUUGCGGCCUCUCGUGAAGCCGGACUAUGGGGUCGUGAGCGCGUGGCGUCUGGCGAGAGAGCUGGCGAAGCGCUUUCCCGGAGCCGCGGCUGACCGGAGUAGAGAUGAUGUCUUGGUGUUACUGUUGCUGCAGGGCAACGACUACGUCCCGAAGCUACGAGCGGCGCCCUUCCACGCCUGUUUACGGGCCUACGAGCGGGCCGUGCUCGAGGCUUCGGGUGAAGACGACGGCGCCCAUUUCUUCCAUUAUACCCAAAACGAGCGGCGAGGCUGGAACGCGCCCUUCGCGGCGACGUUCUUCGAGUAUUUACGAAAGUCGCGGCCGCGAACGCCGACGCUCUACGACUCCUUCGACCUGCGGGACCUCCACGAGCGCAACCAGACCGAGGACAUUUCUGAAUUGACCUUUGACCUGAAGGAGGGCGCGGCGUCGCCCGACGAGUGGCGCUGCGAGGCCGUCUGUAAGGAGAUCAAGGAGGCCGCGACGGGCCCGACGAAGCAGAAGGCAAAAAAAAAGGCCGCCGCGCAAGUCCUGGAAAGGCUCGGCGAGACCGAAUGGCCGAACGGCGACCCCAUCUGCGCGCUUGGACAAAGAGCGUCGCUCUCGUUCGAUAAAGUCAGCGGGAAGCGCCAGUGGGUCUGCGCCGCGGCGCUGACGAAGGACUCUCAGCCGUUCAACGCGACAGCGGCCGCGGGCUCGAAGCGGGAAGCGCGAGCUCUGGCCGCCAAGCUGCUGCGGCGGCAGAUCGCGCCAUCUCCGCAAAGGACGACGACGAGCGACGCCGCUUCUUAUAUACAAGGCAUCGCGUGGUGCCUCGACGCGUACGUCGAAGGUUAUGUGGAGGACGGCUCGUACCGCUACCUGCCGCCGCACGCGCCGUCCUCGAAAGCGCUCAAAGCUUUAUUUGAGGCUGGUGUGGAUCUGUGUGGAAAUCAAAAUUUUACGGCGCGUUCGUGCUGAAUCAUCGCGUUGUCCUCCACGCCAUCGACGCGACGCCUGCUCGAUGGCGUGGCGAUGCCGGUUCCUCGCCGCUCGACCGAGCCAGGUCGGCCGCGUCAUUGCCGAGAAAUGACUUCGUGAAGAAUUGUCGGGCGCACCCGACGCACUGGUUGAUUUCCACACAGGUGUGGAUGACGAGGUAAGGGUGAAGACGGGCGCGCUCUCGGCGGACGUGCACUGCUGCGCCGUCAUGCCGCGCGAGGCCUCUCCUUUAUUGCCGGAGCACCUGCAGCCGCUGCACGCGGCCAUCUGCGACGCGCGCGACCAGGGCCUCGACGCGGACGCGCUGCCCUUCCUCGAGGCCCUCGCGUCGACGCUCCACGCCGCGAAUUCUUUGCUUGGCGGCGGCGACGCGCGGACGUGGACGACGGUGCGGCGCGCGCGCGAGGACGAAAUUACGCUCAGUCUGUCGCCGCCGAUGCCGCGGCCGGGAGGCGGCGUCGCGGCGGGCGUCGCCGACGGCGGCGGCGCGCGCGUGGCCGUCGCGCACGACGUGGACCUCGAGCCGGCGCCCGCUCGCGCGUCCUCGCCCGACGCGGGCGCCACCGCGCGUGCUGCCGCGAAUCGAGCUCUGCUGGAUCGGCGCUUCUACACGGCCUUCAAGCCGCCUAGAAGGGUCUUCAAGAAGCGGAAGGCUCGGCCGGCGAACGCGACGCUCGCGACGUAACCUAUUUCUGUUUC